AUGCUUAGUGACUCACACUCUCUGUUGGAAAGCCCUCCAGUUUUUUCAGUGAACAAUGUGAACGUUGUGAUUCGCACCAGGACGGAGCACCUCACAGACGAGGAGAAGGCCAGGAUAAAAAGUGAAAGGAAUGUUCUGGAAUCUUUACUGGGCACGGUAGAACAACAGAUCGGUGCUCAAGGGGACAUGACUAUGGAGUUUGCCACUGCCACGAACCCCACAGCUAUUACUCCAGAGGAGUACUUUAACCCCAACUUCGACCUGCAGGGCAGAGACAUCGGCCGGCCCAUUGAGCUCACCAUCAGAACACAGAAGUUUAAAGGCACGUUGUGGAUGAGUGAGGAACAUCCUCUGUCUCUGGUAGAGCAGGUCACUCCCAUUAUUGACCUGAUGGCUCGUACCAGCACUCACUUCGCCCGACUCAGGGACUUCAUCAACCUCAGGUUUCCCCCUGGCUUCCCGGUGAAGAUCGAAAUCCCUCUGUUCCAUGUUUUGAAUGCUCGCAUCACUUUUGGAAGUGUCAACAAGUGCAGUACUGAUGAGCCGCUGGACACCAAAACACCGGCUUCUACACCCACACCCACUGAAGAGACGUGUGACAACCAGGCAGCAGCUCCUGCAGGACCUGCUCCAUUAUUCCAGGUUUGUCCAUCUGUGUUUUUGGCUCCUGCACACUAUCACCAUCGAGGAGGCUAUCGCCACGCAAACCCACGCCAGUACAACCCAGUCAAUCACGAUGAAGAGCUUCUCCAGUACGCCAUUCACCAGAGUCUGCUGGACUCCAGUGUGCUCAAUUCUCAGGACACUUGGAGUGAUUCUGAUGGACAGGCGACACAAUCCAUGACAAACCGAUUAAGUGAUGGGUCUGGUUCUGAGGGCGUUCUGGUAGACCUCAGUGACACCACGCCCUCCAGCUCUGGCUCUGCCUCCAGCCCAGACACUGACCUGCGAUUGGCCAUGGAGCUCUCUGCCCGCGCGCAAGAGGAGGAGGAAAAUAGGAGGAAAGAAGAAGAAGAGGAAUUAGAGAGGAUUUUACAACUCUCCUUAACAGAAAAGUGACAAAGUAAGACGAGGGAAGGAAAGACAAAGGGAGUUCCUGUUAUUGCCAUAAGCAUUAAAUCUUUUUUUAUUUAUACCCUUCUUGAAAUUCAUGCAGUUCUCUGUUUGCCACUGACAUAAACUACACAUAUUUACAUAAUCGGUUCAGAACUGAAGGGUUCUGCCUCUUUAUCCAAAAUGAAAUCGCUCAUCCUUUUCAUCUUGCUUUUCCUAAGGCGAUUGUGCAUCUUACAUGAAAUCCAGUGCUGCUUUUUUUAAUGUGAUUGAAAGGUUGUGAUGUUCUUGACAGUCCUGCGAGUUGCUGACUAGACAGUUUUUCUUUUGAUAUAACUGAAAAGAUGGUGGAUUUUUGCAUUAACAUUAGCUUUAGGUUUAUAUUAAUACUAUAUCUCAGGGUUCAACUGAUCAGCAGUUGUCGCUUCCUUUGAAACCAUUUUAUACACAGCCAAGGAAAGUGAGAGAAAUGAAUGUUUUUUCACAUAGCAGUUAGGACGGCACCAUCCUCAGCCUGUGUGCUUUCAUCAACUUUCUGGCAAUAAAUCCCACCGCCGUGCCUCGCCAGAGUGAGAGGCACUCAUUCAGACCGGAAUAUUCCUGAAACGGGCUGUUCGAUGUAAUAGAAGACGCCUCAAGCUUUUAGUCUGCCUGAUUUGUAAAGCGAUACGAUGAAACUGCUUAGAUCGCCAAGAGUAUGUUGUAAUGCAAAGCAUGAAUGUGGCAGUACUGGGUCACUUUUCUGGCACCAACCAAACCUCAUGCUACACUAAAGGACGAGGGGAAUGUGUGACUAGAAAACCAGCCGUUUUUUGAUUAAGAAGAGGAUGUUAAAGGGAUAGUUCUCCCAGAAAUGUAAAUUUACUCAUCAUUUUCUCUCUCGCAGGGGAUUUUGUAAUUUGUGUUUUUUUUUUAAAGUUAAACACAAAGAAGAUAUUUUGAAAAAUGUUAAAAACCUGUAACCAUUCAAAUCCAUAGUAAAAAAACAAAUACCAUGGAUGUCAAUGGUUACCGGUUUCAAACCUUUUUCAAAACAUCUUUCCUUGUGUUUAUUAGAAUUACAAACUUAAACAGGUUUGAACACAAAAGAAGAUAUUUUUAAAAAUGUGUCAAUGGUUAACGGUUUCAAACCUUUUUCAAAAUAUCUUUCUUUGUGUUCAACAGAAUUACAAACACGAACAAGUUUGAACACAGAAGAAAAUAAUUUGAAAAAGGUUGGAAACCUGUAACUAUUGACUUCCAUAGUAGGAAUAACACACACCAUGGAAGUCAAUGGUUACCGGUUUCAAACCUUUUUUAACAUAUCUUCUUUUGUGUACAACAGAAUUAGGUUCAACUCAAACAGGUUUGAACACAAACGAAGACAUUUAGAAAAAUUUUAAAAACCUGUAAGUUUUGACUUCCAUGGUAGGAAAGACAAAUAUUAAGCAAGUCAAUGGUUACCGGUUUCCAACAUUUUUCUAAAUAAUCUGCUUUUGUUUUUAGCAGAAUUAGAAAUGCAAAUGGAUUUGAGCGCCAAAGGAAAUAUUUAAAAAAAUGUUAGAAACCUGUAACAAUUGACUUCCAUAGAAUGAAAACCAAAUACUAUGGAAGUGGUGGUUACCAGUUUCCAACAUUUUUCAAAAUAUCUGCUUUUGUGGUUAACCGUUACACUCAAAAAAAAGAUUUUUCUCCUUGUUCAAACUACUUAUUUGAAAUGAGCUGAAACAAUGUAAUUGUUCAAUUCACGUAAAUUAGUUAUUUUAAGUAGAACCCUACAUUUUUACAGUGUAGAAACUUAAACAAGUAAAGAUUUUUUUUUUUUUUAAUAUUGGAAACCUGUAAACAUUGACUUCCAUAGUAUUUGUUUUUCCUUCUAUAGAAGUCAAUGGUUACCGGUUUCAAACCUUUUUUAAAACAUCACUAUUUGUGUUCCACAGAAAAAAAGAAAUUCAAACAGUUCUGAACACAAAAGAAGAUAUUUUGAAAAAUGUUGUAAACUUGUAACCAUUGACUUCCAUAGUAUUUGUUUUUUAUUUACAGUAAUAAUAGUGUUUUAGCUUUCUUCAAAUGAUCUUCUUUAGCAUUCUACAGAAUAAAGAAACGUUUUUUACCACUUGAGGGUGAGUAAAUUUAGGUGAACUAUGGCUUUAAAGUGGUUGUUUGAGAUGAUGUGUGCUGUUGGACGGCAUUGUUUGCUGACUGAGAUUCUGAUGUGAUAAAUGUGGAAGAACCUGCCCUGCUCUGUUCGGGAAUCUCGCUGUUCCUUCCUCUUGUAGCUGACAGCGCUAUUUAUUUAGUCAAAAUGUGUUGAUUCAUUUUUUAUUUUUCUUGAUGUCUUGAAUGUUCGGCCUUAUUUUUUCUGUAAGUGUUUUUAAAGGAGUAUUGACUUCCAGCUUGCAGUAUCUCUCUCACUACUUUUUGGAUGAUGAACCAGUGUGUGCUUGAACCGAUUUUGUUUUUUAACAUUAUCCUCAUUGUAUGCCAUUAAUAGACAGAACACGUAUUUUGCUCUUUGCUCUUCCGGUAGUAAACAAGGAUCUGAGAUUGGUUAGAGCCACAAUCUUGCAUUGAUUUAUUAACAGGACAGAGAAUUUAGUUUUUUUAUGCUGUGUUUAAAUAACAAAUAGAAAAAAAAAAUACAAAUAAAUUCUGGUUCUGGUUAUUCGCACAUCAUUAAUCCGGGAUACAGAGUUCAGUUUCACUAUUUAAAAUGUAAUUUAACUUUUGGUAUUUGGGUGUAAGUCUUAACUCUAACUAAUUGCCAAAAUGUUUAAUGGUCUGUGUUCCGGAUCAGGGUUUAGCGUCGGUUUGAUUCUCGGUUAAUUGUCAUGCUGUAAGAUCAAGUAUCCUGUUUUUUGAGCAUGUUGAAGAAAUCCUGAAGGCAUUUGUAAAACUGUGAUGUAUGUUUGACAAACACACACACACACACACACACACACACACAAGAAAUGUUUUUACUUAAAUAAAAGCACUUUAUUGACUUUAUGGCGCUUUGUUAACUAUAUGGCAGACAAAUAUGAAGUCAAAUAAAUAAUAAAAACAGCGUAAUCUGA